UUGGUUCAGUGUACACACAAAGUCUACAAAGGUUAUAUACGAAUACGAAAUUGGUUUCGAGGAUUAUAUAAUAGGAUCUUGUCGCGAAUUCUCUUCCGCUUAAGUGAAAGUUGCUUGGGCCUCGCAAGAUGUGGAUUACAGCUUUAGUGAUUAUUGGAAUUAUAGCUCUGCUUCUUUACUUAGACUCUGUCAAGCCAAGAAACUUUCCUCCAGGCCCAAAAUGGUUACCCGUUCUUGGUUGCGCUUACGAAGUUAAGAAGCUUCGUGAUAAGAAUGGUUACUUCUAUAAGUGUAUUAAAGAGUUGACGAAAUUAUACUCUUCCGAUGGCCAUCUCUUGGGACUCAAAAUUGGCAAAGAUCGUAUUGUUCUUGUUAAUUCACUAGAAGCCAACAAAGAAAUGCUAUACAACGAAGACAUUGACGGUAGACCAAAAGGAAUAUUUUAUCAAACAAGAACUUGGGGUGAAAGAAAGGGAGUUUUAGUCACCGAUGGUGAAUUAUGGAAAGAACAAAGACGUUUUUUACUUAAGCAUUUGAAAGACUUUGGUUUUGGUCGGAAAGGCAUGGCUCAAAUUUCAUCGAACGAAGGCAACUUUAUGGUUAGAGAUGUUUAUAAUGCAAUUGGUGAUAGAGGAAGUGUGGAGUUAUAUAUGCACAAUUUUUUCAAUACAUAUAUUUUGAAUACUCUUUGGAGCAUGAUGGCUGGACUUAGAUAUGAACCGAAUGAUCCUCAGAUGAUACAUCUUCAAAGAUUGCUCUAUGAUCUGUUUGCUGCAAUUGACAUGGUUGGUUGUGCUUUUAGUCAUUUCCCAAUUUUAAGUGUUGUUUCACCAUCUUUAUCAGGGUAUAAAAAUUUUGUUGCAACACAUGAAAGAAUUUGGAAAUUUUUAAGAGAUGAAAUUGCAAGACAUAAGAAAAGAUUUGAUCCAAACAAAGAAGAUAACGAUUUCAUGGAUGCAUAUAUAAGGGCUCUAAAUAAACAUGGUGAAGUAAAUACUUAUUCAGAAGGGCAACUAGUUGCAAUGUGUAUGGAUAUGUUUAUGGCUGGAACUGAAACAACAAGCAAAAGUAUGAGUUUUGGAUUUAGUUAUUUAGUAAGAGAUCAAGAAGUUCAAAGGAAAGCUCAGGAAGAAAUAGAUCGAGUGGUCGGAAAGGAACGUCUACCGAAUUUGGACGACAGACCUAACAUGCCAUACAACGAAGCUAUUGUACAUGAAUGUGUGCGCCAUUUUAUGGGAAGAACCCUUGGGGUCCCACAUCGAGCAUUAGCAGAUACAACACUUAUUGGCUACAAGAUCCCGAGGGAUACCAUGGUUGUUAGUAACUACACUAACAUACUAAUGGACGAUACGUUGUAUCCAGAACCAUACUCCUUCAAACCUGAAAGGUUUUUGAAAAAUGGAAAGAUAAGUCUCCCUGAUCAUUACUUUCCAUUUGGUCUUGCUAAGCACCGCUGUUUGGGGGACGUUUUGGCAAAAUGCAAUAUUUUCAUUUUUACAACAACAAUUUUACAAAAGUUCUCAGUGUUGCAAGCUCCUGGACAACCAUUGCCUUGUUUGGACCAUGUUGACGGUGCCACACCAUCAGCUGCGCCUUUCAAAGCUUUAAUUGUACCUAGAAAUUGAAAAACUUUUCUAAUGUAUAAAUACUAACGUAUAAGUACGAUGAAAUGAAAGGUUGAUUCAUAAUAUGAGUUUUAAUCUCUUUCGUUUAUAUUCAAUUCAUCAUUCUAUUCUUUCUUUACGAUGCCUAUGUUCACGACAAAAAGCUUUAACUACAGAAGCAAAACUAUUCGUAUCUUUCUAAAGUAAUAUAAAGUAUACUCUCAGCCUAUCAAGUAUGCAAUAGUAAAAUUCUAUUUGAUUGUUAUUUUUUUGUAUACUGUUAACGGCGAAAUUGAUUGCUCCAACAUGCUCUGGAGUGAGAGGAGAUACGAUAUUUUCAAACAAAUACUGUAAAGCUUAACCAUGGUUACUUUCGCUCUCUUAAUAGAAUUGCUAACACCUACAGCCUUCCGAAAGAUGGUCUACUAUAUUCUAAGUAAAGUAUAAUAUAUAUAGUAUCUUAAGUAAUUAUUAAGUUUUUUUGCGUUUCGAAACUUACUUCGAAAACUGCUAUGUUUCUUGACAAAAAUAUUUACUAGUCAAUAAAUAUUAUGUUUUAAUACUUUGGUUGUGUUCAUAUUUAAAUUAAAUUUGUUUGUCAUAUUGUUAUACACAAUUUACUUAAUCCAAAUUAAAUUUUUAUCUAUUUCUUAUGUUGCACAGUAAAAAAUAAAAUUUUAAAAUUAUGUGUAUCUGAUACUUGCUUGUCGAUGCCUUGUAAGUGUAAUUAAACACACAUGUAGAUUUAUUUAUAAUAAGUUUUAUGUAAUAAAUUAGUAUUUAUUGUGUUGGCGAUGGUAAUCAUACAUAUAAAAUAUAUUAAUAACAUGAAAUCAUGGAUAAUUUCUUGUUUAACUUGUGUGCAUGAUACUCAAAUAUUGACGUGUGAUUUAGUACCUUGUAAUAUUUUAUACGUAAUAUCUUGCAUAACACCGACCCAACGAGUUUGACACACUGGUAAACCGCACUAACCUAGUUCAUUUUUAAUAUAAAUCUUAAAUUGUGCCUAGAAAUUGAAAAACCCUACAAAUGUUAAAUUUAGUAUAAGAGUACUAUGAAAUGAAAUGUUGGUUCAUCAAUAAUUGAGUUUUAAUCUCAAUCAUUUAUAUUCAAAUAUAUCUACGAAGGCUAUAUUGACGAUAUUAAAGCUUAAACUACUAACUUAUAUGAAAAAUCACCUUCCCUUAAGGUCGGCAACGCUCCUGUGAUUCCUCUGGUGUUGCAAGAGAAUGUGGACGCCGCGGCCGGUGAUCACUUAACAGUAGGCGACGCGUACGCUCGUUUGUUUUUUGUUUUGUUUCCAUAAAACAAAAAGCAAAACUAUUUUUAGUAUUAAUAUUUUUUAUAUUUAUACAGUGUAUUAUUAAUUACUUUUUACGAAAUAUUUUAUUAUAUUAUAUAAACACGAUUCAUACAUUAAAUUAUGUUCUUUCUAUUUA